UUUACCGAAGCGACUGACUCUCGAGUCCAUUUCCUCAGACCCCACACUCCAAAAUCUAGACCAUGUGCAUCCUCCAUUAGUGCUCCUAAACCAUUUUCUCUUUAUGACCCCCUCGUCAUUCAUAUUCUUAUCGCCGUCGAUGCCCAUCUCCGACCCAAGGCAUAUUUAUAUCCAUCGGUAAAGAGAGGAAAGGAUUUGAUUUUGUCUCCCUUCCCCACCUGAAAUCCUGCUGCUUAUCAGACCAUCUAAAAUGGAGUUUGCCAGUUUUGAACUGUUGUGUUGAAUGCUGCAGAAGAGACUGCAAGCAAGAGGCUGCAAAUUUAGCUCUUGUUGUUUGAUGGUGAUAAUGUGAUAUCCUAACUAAAAUCAACAUUAGGUGGUGGCAGAGAUCAUGGUUCCACAGCGCCACCACAACAGCAACGAUGGCGUUUCUCAAAGGGUCAACAGCCCGCGGUUCUCGGGACCUAUAACUCGUCGUGCACACUCCUUCAAGCGUAACAACAACAGCACUGACACUCAUGGUAGCACUAAUUCAAACAUUCUCAACAAUAAUGGGCUUAGUAGCCACCAUGAGAUUGAUCUUCCUGUGAACUCACCCAGAUCAGAAGCUUUCAGAAGCACGGUUCAAGUGGAUGGCUUUGAAUCUGCUUUGGAACGGAAGACAGCUCCACAUAUUAGCCAGAGAAUCCAUGGGGGUGUUGCUGCUAAAAGUUUGUUAAAUCCUGGUUUUGUUUCUCUGGACUUCAGGCUAAGGGAAAAAAGGAAAUUGGGGCAUUUGAUGUUCAUGAUGUUCUGUGGUCUCUGCUUGUUUCUGGGUAUCCUGAAGAUCUGCAUGAAUGGUUGGUUUGGAUCUGUCAUUGAGACCAAGGAAUCACAACAGGAUACACCUGACUCUAUCACUAGUCAAAAUCAAGUGGAUCAAAAUUCUCAUAAUCUUAGACACAGGGAAGGGGAGACUAGUUUUGAGCGAACUCUGAUGAUGGAAUCAGGUGUAGUUGGUAGUCAAAAUGGCAUGCAGCAUUCAGAAAUUUGGAUGAAACCUGACAGCAAGAAUUUUGCUCCUUGUAUUGAUGAGGGAAGGCACCAAAAAAAGCUUGAUGCAAAGAUAAACGGAUACAUUCUUGUAAAUGCGAACGGUGGCUUGAAUCAGAUGAGAUUUGGGAUCUGUGAUAUGGUUGUCAUUGCAAAGGUUAUGAAAGCCGCACUCGCCCUUCCUUCGCUUGAUCAUAAAUCCUACUGGGCAGAUGAAAGUGGCUUUAAAGAUCUCUUCAAUUGGCAACACUUUCUCGAGACUCUGGAGGAUGAUGUUCAUAUAGUAGAGACACUACCACCUGCCUAUGCCGAAUUAGUGCCUUUCAACAAAACACCAAUUUCUUGGUCCAAGACUGGUUACUAUAAAGCAGAGGUCCUCCCACUGCUGAAGCAGCACAAGGUGAUGUAUUUUACACACACGGAUUCCCGGUUGGCUAACAAUGGUCUCUCAAGUUCUAUACAGAAGUUGAGAUGUCGUGUCAAUUUCCAAGCAUUAAAAUAUUCAGCUCCAAUUGAAGAACUGGGGAACGCCUUGGUCUCUAGAAUGCGACAGAAUGGAAGCCUUUACAUUGCUCUUCAUUUGCGGUAUGAGAAGGAUAUGCUUGCAUUUACAGGCUGCAGUCAUAACUUGACAACAGCGGAAGAUGAUGAGCUGGUUAGAAUGCGUUAUGAAGUUGCCCAUUGGAAAGAGAAGGAAAUUAACGGGACAGAGAGAAGGUUGCUUGGUGGCUGUCCGCUGACCCCAAGGGAGACUUCUCUUUUGCUCAGAGGGUUGGGUUUUCCAUCCAGCACCAGAAUAUACUUGGUAGCUGGUGAGGCUUAUGGAAAUGGAAGUAUGCAAUAUCUUAAGGAUGAGUUCCCCAAUAUAUAUUCCCAUUCUACACUCACCACAGAAGAAGAGUUGAAUCCUUUCAAGAAUCACCAGAACAUGUUGGCUGGCAUCGACUACGUUGUUGCCCUUCAAAGUGAUGUUUUCCUUUAUACGUACGAUGGAAAUAUGGCAAAGGCAAUUCAAGGUCACAGGCGUUUUGAGGGCUUCAAGAAGACCAUAAGUCCAGACAAGGCAAAUUUCGUUAAACUUAUUGAUGAACUUGAUGAAGGAAAGAUAUCAUGGAAAAAAUUCAGUUUGGAAGUGAAAGCACUUCAUAAAAAUCGGGCAGGGGCUCCAUAUCUUAGAGAAGCUGGAGAAAUCCCAAAGUUGGAGGAGAGUUUUUAUGCAAAUCCCCUUCCAGGAUGCAUUUGUGAUAAAACCAAAGAAAAGUAGGGGUCAAAGAAUUGACUUAUAUUCUCUUGAGCUUCUUCGGCUGCACAAGAAGAGGUUUAAAAGGUUUUAUCAUAUAUUUGGGCAUGUCCCUGCCAACAUUGACGAUCGUGAACGUUCAAAUUCAAGAAAGCUCACUGGUUAGAGAAUAUUUCAUAUACGUGGAGAGGCCCUCCAUCAGUCUGAUUGAAUUGAAUUUGUUGUUGUAAUGAUUGUUGAUUAUACCAUAGAAACCCAACCAAUUUUACCAUGUAACCAACCUACUCCCCAAGGGGGCAAUACAGAUACUGAAUCAACUGCAUUAUAAUUCACAAAUACAAAACUAUGAUACCAUAUUCUCAAUAAACUUCCGUUUUGCUUCCA